CACCUAUGUAAACAAUUCCUCUAAAAACUGAAUUUAGUAAAAUAAUUGUUGAAUAUUUGCUUUUGACAAUAUGUCAAGAGGUGUAAGUCCAGUCAGGGACAAAAGAAUAAUCCACCUUGCUGCAGAGGUUGUAGAAACUAGAGAUCGCCGCGUCCCCGUGCUUCUGCAACGUUUAAAACCAAUACUUGACACAAGUCCAGCUAGCAGCAGUGAUGGGACACGUAUACGUCGUGAGAUAUGGGAGUUUCAGCUUCUCGACGUGUUGAUUCUAGUACUGAAGCAAGACUAUAGCGUAAUUGAAGGACAAUGGCUGACGGCAGCAAGGCUAACCACAAUUCUAAGUCAAGCUGUCUGCGGCUUAGAUCUCCCGAAGGCGGAUAUGAAGGACGUAGAAACGAAUAAAUUACCAGAAGCCAUACAUAAUAUGUUCCUUAUUGCAAGACGUAUUCAAGCCAGAUUUGCACAAAUACCAAAAAGACCUAGUAAAGAGGAAGAAAGACAAUUCCAUCUCCGUAAUUAUAAGACAGUGCUUGAUUCUCUCAUUUAUCUGGCAUCAGGAUAUGUUUCAGUCACUCACAAAGUAUUGAGUUCACCAUGGUUACUGCAGUUGUUGAUAUUGGACAACGAGGAGACAGUAUCAUACAUCCUAGAUCUCAUACCAAAGGUGCUGCGUGCGAACUGGUUGGCUAUUAAGGAGAUAAGUUCUAAAACUAUAUACAGUAUAAUGGAUGAGCUAAUCUACAAAUUGUCUGUGGAAUCUUCUGUUGUCUUGGCAAGUGGUGCAAUCAAGUGUAUAUUAUGUAUAUGCGAGUAUCAUAAACCAAUGGUUGCAGCUUUAUCUACAAGAUACCGCGGACUCCGACUACUGCUCAGUAAAUGGGAAGAUAAAGGAUUCAGUCGGGAUCUCAAAUCCUUACACAGGCUCCUAGAUGCCGGCAAUGCUCAAAGAGCAGAAAUGGAGAAAAAUUAUGACAGUGCUGUGUUGAUACAAGCUAACUGGAAGGGUUUCAUUACUCGUAAGAAACUGGCGCAGGCAAACAAAGCUUUUGCAAAAUUGCAGAAAGCAUUUAGGAAUCGGCAGAAAAUGAAAGAAGAGAUGCUGAUAACACAGAAGUAUGAGUCGGAGGCAGAGUAUAAGGGUUUAGUGAAUAGACAGAGGAUUAUGAGAGAAUUUAGAGAGAAGCAGCUUCACUGUAUAGAAAUAUUACCUGCUUCAAAAGUGGAGACAUACUUACAGAACGAGCAGAUACAGGCAGCGACUAAAAUACAGAAAUUGUGGCGAGGGUAUAGCGAGCGUAAUCAGCUGUCUGGUCGCCGUGACCUUGUCAGACACACUCGGGCAGCUAUCAAAAUACAGCAGAAUGUUAGACGAUGGCUGGAAAGAUUAGAGAAAAGGAAGGGAGGGAUGCCCAUACAUCUACGGCCUCCGGGUCUCACUGAUGAAAGAAGGGUGGAGCUACAGAAAACCAUCAGUAACUACAGAGAAGAUAAUCCUCCAAAAGCCUUCACGAGGGAGGAGCUUGAAACUGUACAUAAGAAGGCAACAGCUUUACUUGCCCAGUACUAUGGUACAGUUAGAGACAAUAGAAAGGCAGAACAGAGACGAGACACACUUCUUGCACGCCUUGACACUGACUCCGAUCUGUGUUCAUUGGCGCCAGAUUUAAACAAAGUUACAGAUAGAGAUGUUGACAUGUAUUCCAGUCGUUCAGUUCCAGUUGCCACUAAAGCUCGUGUUAAUCAUAUGGAAACAUUACGCAAUUUACAGUUACCAUGGUGGAAGAAACUCGGUGAUGAAUUUCAGGAUUCAGAAGUUCAAGAGGAAGAAGUUCUGUUAUUUUAAGUUAAAUUUUUUUGGCAGAAUCUCGCAGAAUUCAGGAAUUGGCUGUUUAGAUUUAGAAUUGAUAUCAUGCUCUUUUGAAUUUGUAUGUAGGGAUAACAAGAGAUUCUGCUGAUGUUAUAACACGAAAUGAGCAUGUGUUAAUGCUAUUCUAGUGUAAAACAUGUAAAACAGUAAAAAGAAUUAAUAUAUUGUCCAUCAACAUCAGCUAAUAUUCAUGAAAUAUGUGGGAAUAUUUCCUUUUAAAUUAUCCGUUAUGGAACCAUAUAUGAUUUGCCAUAGAACGUGCAUAAAUUAAAAAGUGUUUUAAUAGCACGUGAGCACGAGAAUCUCUGUUAACGCAAGUUAAGUCUUCUGUUAAUACACCCCUGAUACAUGACAAGAACAGCAGUUUUAUGCUAGAAUAUACAUAAAUGUAUGAUAAAUCCGUCCACAAGGAAUUAUAUUUAUUUGAUACAGACAUUUUUCUGUUAAAAAUCUGGCAGCUUUGAUAAGUAUGUUAUUUUUUGAGACUGUGAUAUUUGUAGUGUAUUGUACCCCCGACAACAAUUUAUUUAUUUGGGUUUUACGACGCACCAACACAGUAUAGGUUAUAUGGCAAGCUGUAAGGGGGUAUACUGGUUUCAGGUUGUCUGUCUGUCUGUCUGUCUGUCUGUCCGUCCGUCUGUCUGUCCGUAGACACAAUCUUGUGCGCACCAACUCUCCUCAUCCCCUUGACACAAUUUAAAGAAACUUCACAAAGUGAUCAGUAACAACAGUAGUUGUGCAUGAUGCAUGUUAGGUUCUUUCAGAAAUUUUUUUUGCAGAGUUAUGGGACUUUGUUUUUGUUACUAUACUAUUACAUAGACACAAUCUUGUGCGCACACAACUCUCCUUAUCACCGUGACACAAUUUAAUGAAACUUCACAAAAGUGAUCAGUAACAACAGUAGUUGUGCAUGGUGUACGUUAGGUUCUUUCAGAAAAAAAAAUUGCAGAGUUACGGGACUUUGAUUUUUGUUACUAUACUAUAUACAUACAGUCUGCAUAUGCAAUCUUGUGCGCGCAUAAUCUCCUGAACCCAUGCACACAAUUUAAUGAAACUUAACACAAGUGAUCAGUAGUAACCCUAGUUGUACAUGGUGCAUGUUAGGUUCUUUCAGAAAAAAAUUCUGCACAGUUAUGGGACUUUGUUUCUUGUUAAUAUACUAUAUACAUCCAGUCUGCAUAUGCAGUCUUGUGCGCACCUAAUCUCCCGAACCCUUGCACACAAUUUAAUGAAACUUCACACAAGUGAUCAGUACCAACCCUACUUGUGCAUGGUGUAUGUUACGUUCUUUUAAAUAAAUAUUCUACAGAGUUAUGGGACUCUGUUUUUUGUUACUAUACUAUAUACAUAGAGUCUUCAUACUUACAGUCCACAUAAUUAUGCAGUCUUGUGUGCGUCAAAUUGCAAUGUACUGUGUCAGUGCAUGCGGGGGGGUACAUUUAUCACCUUUAGUGAUAGCUCUAGUUACCUCAAAUUUUCAUUGUCAAGAGUAAUAAAAUGUAUAAUAAAUUUA